UGGAUUGUAGUGCUAACCAGCUUGGAAGUCUACCUGAGGCUAUGGGUGACCUGGUCAGGCUGUCAAGGUUAGACCUGACGGGUUGUCAGCUCCAGUCUCUGCCAUCCUCUAUCACCAGGUGUGCUGGCUUAACCAGUCUCAAACUUGCCAAUAACAGAUUAAAAUCCUUGCCUGUCCAGAUCGGCCGUGUCCAUGGCCUGAGAGAACUGGAUGUUCACAGUAAUCAGUUGUCAGUAUUUCCAGCAUCUGUAGCCGGCCUUCCACUUUACAGUCUCACAGUCCAUGACAAUCCAGCCUCCAGCGGUUAUACCAGCUGGGAAGACUUUUCAGUGAGUCCACGAGCACAGUUCCCUCCCUUGAUGGAGCUCACAGCACGUUUUAUUGCUCAGCACAAUAUCUCAUGGAAAGCAUGUACCUUGCCAAAAAGCUUAAUAGAUUUUUUAAGUGACUGCCAGGAGUGCUCUACAUGCGAAGGACCAUGCUUUACUUUUUUCUCGUCAAAUGUGACCAUAUGCCCAGUUGGACGUCGCCAGCUGUGGCUCCCUCUACUGGAUCGAUGCUGCAGUCCACAUUCCAUACGGGGCUGUAAAUUCAAGACCUUGAAUUAAAUCUGACCCAUAUAAUGUCAUACAUUUUUGUAAAUUCGAGUUAAAUAAUCCAUAUGAAAGUAAGUUCAGAAUGAUGAGUGGAUUUUAUUGCUGACCGUAAGAGCUUACUAACUUGGUUUUUCAGUAUGUCAGAAAAGAAAUCCAUCUACCUUGUUUUGUUUUGUUGUACCCUUCUGUGGUUUGAAAUCGAUAUGAAACCUCCAGGAAAGGUGCAGUGUUAUUUGAAGUCUGAUAUUGGUGAUAUGCUCUCCAGUAUUGAGCAGUAACCCCUGCUGAAACCCCAGUAUUAUACAGCUGCUGAAAGGUUAUCCUUCAUUGGCCAAUAUCCCCAUCAUGGCUACAAUACUGAGAGUGUACAUCUUGAUGUAUGUGUGUUUUCAGAAAUUACUGAUUUAUUAGUUAAUGGACUUGUGGUGUUGUGGAUAUAUUUAUCGAUUUAUAUUUAUAAAUACAGUAUUUAAACGGUGCAAUCUGUGCUAUUUUAAAGGACUUUAUUGAAUGCAGUAUAUUGGUCCUACAUUUGUUUAUAGUGUUGUAUAAAAUACAAUGCUUCUUUAUUAUUUUUGUGAUAACAUGUACAGUACAUGUGUUUUUUAAUCAAUAUCUAAUCAGUAUUUCAGAUGUCUUUGAACAUUAUGUAUAACAACAUAGGGCUAUACUUACGAUGCUAAAUAUAAGAUGUUAGCAUAUCAUUUAUUAGAGUAAGAUGCCUCAAAUCAACCGUUGUUGAAUAUACAGUGUAUAUCUGUUCCGUCUUUAUGGGUGACAGGAUGUUUAGCUUUUCUGCAUGAGCAAGGACAUUCCAAUAUUUCAUUAUUAUGUGGCUAGUGCCUCUUUGUUUUUUGUUGUUUUUUUUUCUUUGAUAUUGUAUUCAGUUUGCCAAAUUCUAAUAUUUCAUUAUUAUGUGGCUUGUGCCUCUUUGUUUUUUGUUGUUGUUUUUUUUUAAAUAUUGUAUUCAGUUUGCCAAAUUCAUGUUAAGUGUGGUGCAAGAUGUGGAUGUAGCCGAUAAUUAAAAGUACUGGUGUGUUGAUGUGCAUCGGUACAGGUCGUAGUCUGAGCCUGAGCCUCAAGAUGUACAUAGAUAUGCAAGAAGAAGUUACAUUCCAACUUUAAGUAUAGUUAAAUAUAAUGUAAAAUCUGCUGUAAUUCAUUCCAGUAAUGUGAUUGUUGAUCAGAUUAAUGUACUGAGCAUCAAAAUAAUGGUGCGCCAUAAAAGUUCAUUUGUCAAUUUUACAUGCAUCAAUUUAAUAUCAAGGGUGCAAUGAUUUGUCACCAUGUUUAUAGGAACUGUAAUGUAUAUUGCCUUUCUUUGAUUAGAAAUCAUUAGGGGUAUUUGUAUCAUGCAGUAUGUUGGGUUUUUCCAGGUGCAUGUUAUAUUCAAAUUUUAAGCUUGUUUGGUAAAAAUACCUACAAGUUUGGUUCGAUAUUUUACAGUUAGCAAACUCUGAAUUUAGCAUUUGGUGUGAUUCAUUCUGUACACUUUCUGUUAAAUCCAUUAAUCUAUAAUCAUGUAUAUGUAAUGUUCUCUGCAACGUGGUGGUAUAUCACAAAUCAUUUGGGACAAGUAGUUCUAGUUUUACUUGAUCUGUUACAUAUUUAAUGAGUUUAUUUUAUUUAUUUGCUGACAUUUGUUGUGCUAUCUUUUAUAACUAGUCACAUAUUUGAGGUUUUGGUUUAUUUAUGAGUUGAAUUUGUUGUAAAAUGAAUGUGUGACAAUGUUUUUAUUUUGUACAAAGACCUUUAGUAUUGUACUGGUUCUGCUUCCUACAUAAAGCUUGUUGCUUAUUGCGCACAAGUGUCUUUGAUUUGGUAUAGUAUUAAAUUAAUUAUUUUAACAUGGCACUGGAAGCCAUGAUUCAUUUAUCUGUUUGUGGCUUUAGAUGAAUCCCUUAUUAAUGUGGUAUUAGAAUGUGUACAGCUCAGAGUUAGAAACACAUUUCAUCCACAGACGAUAUUAAUGUCAUUUCAGUUGGUUACACUUAUCGAUCCAGAAAAAUCAAACAAAAAAGGACAAAAACUAAGAAAAUCUGUGGAAAGACAAAUCUUUCAAUUCAGUGUGCAGUAUUUCAACAUUUCAUUCAUGCUGUACAUAUAUGAAAUAUGCUUGCUGAAAAUGACAUACAAAGGUGAGGAGAAAAUGAAAACACAGUGUAGACUAUUGUGUGUAAUUUCAAAGUUGGAGCAUUGAUAA